AUGGCCGAGCAGCAUUACCGUGAUCGGAGCUUUUCUGAAGAAAUGCUCUUGGGCUGCACCCAACAUCGUUGGGCGGUUGCGGUCCGAGUCAUGCUUAUGCUAGUAACACUUGGGAUUUCUGAGUUGGUCAGGGGCGAAGACGGAUGGUGCGCGUGUUGCUAUUCCUCGCCUCAGGGAGAGGUAGAGCCUAUGGCUCAGAGAGGCCAUUACAUGACCCGAACCCGGACAGGAACUCAAUCAUCAAGCGCAGGAGACAUUGGAAGCCGUGGCGCUAAUGGACAUGGAAUUCCUCAAUAUCCAGUGAGCGCCUACGGACCGGGCGAAGGAGAUAUGGGUAACCUUGGCGCCAAUAUACAGGGAAUUCCUCAAUAUCCGGUGAGCGCCUACGGACCGACCGAACCGGAGCCCCAAACCACCCAGACUAUGGUUCGGCAGGAUACCAGUCCAUUUCCGUGGACUGGCAAUACUAUUCCGGAGAGAACUAGUCCUUCACCGCAACAAGCAGUGGCGGCCCCGUUCUUCCACGAUGGUUAA